GCUCUGUUCAGGCCUCCGUCAGGGCGGACAUUUUGUAUUGCUGCGCUGCGGGAGGAGAGGAGCCAGGAAGGGGGCAGGAGCGCCGGCCAUCGGCUCGUUAAAUUAAAUUAAAUCUGUUUGUGUGCAGAUAUUUUGGUCUAGAGUUGGGUUUUAAUUGCUUGCCGUCAGGAUUGACUUGGGUAUCCUGUGCAACUUAUAACGAAGCACCUCUUAAUACAGGUGUGUGUUGGUACGCCUCAGCAUGGCUGUGGUCAUCCGCCUGCAAGGUCUCCCCAUUGUGGCGGGGACCAUGGACAUUCGCCAUUUCUUCUCUGGAUUGACCAUUCCGGAUGGUGGCGUGCAUAUUGUAGGGGGUGAACAUGGUGAGGCUUUUAUCGUUUUCGCCACCGACGAAGACGCAAGGCUCGGCAUGAUGCGUACCGGGGGGACAAUUAAGGGGUCUAAGGUGUCACUUUUGCUGAGUAGCAAGACCGAAAUGCAGAACAUGAUCGAGCUUAGUCGCAGGCGUUUCGAGACUGGUAACUCGGAGGGACCUGCAGGGAAUGGUAGGUCUGGGCCACCAGUUAGCAGUGGUGGAAGUGGGAGGUCUAGCUUGCCGACUACCAUGCCGGGGUUCAGCAACCCCUCACCAACCACCAUCACCACUACUUCCUCCGUGCACGAAUCUGUGAGCAACAAAAGCAUAUCUACGUUUACAACGACCAGCAUGGCAAGCAUGCCCCCGAGCUUCAGCAACAACUUCAGCAGCCCCAGUCUUACCAUGGGAUCCACUAUGACGACAGCCAUGUCCACCUUGAAUUCUGUUCCGCCCCCUAUACCACCUUUGCCCACUUUACCAUCUCUGCCACCCAUGCCUUCCAUACCACCAAUGCCGGUGCCGCCGCCAGUGUCCAGUUUGCCGCCAGUUCCUGCUGUAACGCCCUUAACUCCUGUACCCCCUGUUCCACCUAUGACUCACAUGCCGCACAUACCUACUCUGCCCCCCUUCAAUCCAGGUGUCCCUCCCCCAGUUGGUCCUGUGACCAGUGGAUUAAGUGGCUCAGGGCCUCCAUUAUCUAUUAGCAACCCGAGCCAUAUGUUCCUUGGACCUCUGAACCCACUGGGCCCCCUGAAUAUCCAGGCUCCGUUGAAGUCCACUGCUGUCAGUCCAGAUGAGUUGUACAUACACCUCCAAGGCCUGCCAUUUUCUGCCACUGAAAUGGAUGUCAGGGACUUCUUCCAGGGCCUGGGAGUGGACUCAGUACGUUUUCUGAGGGACCAUCUUGGCAGGAGCAAUGGUAAGGCAUUGGUGAAGUUUUUUGCACCCCAGGAUACUUUCGAAGCUCUUAAAAGAAACAAUGGAAUGAUAGGUCAGAGGUAUGUCGACAUGACGCCUGUGACUGAGAGGCAGUGGCUUGCUUCGGGCGGAGCAAGCAGCACAAGUGGAGGUCAAGGGUCAGACAAACACGCAAGCAGCACUGACCAUGACCUACACCGUCGCACAGGUUCCAGUUCGGAAUCACCCUCUGGGCGUGAGCGGGCCAGAUCUCGCUCUCCCCACAAACAGGAAUACUGCGUCUAUUUGAAAGGACUGCCAUAUGAAGUAGAGAAUAAGCAGAUAUUCGAUUUUUUCAAAAACCUGGACAUUAUAGAAGAUAGCAUUUACAUAGCUUAUGGACCAAAUGGCCGAGCAACCGGAGAAGGUUUUGUUGAGUUUAGGAAUGAAAAUGAUUACAAGGUCGCCCUUAGUUGUCACAUGCAGUUUAUGGGCAGCAGGUUCAUACAGGUUCACCCGAUCACCAAGAAGGGCAUGUUUGAAAAGAUUGACAUUAUCCGAAAAAGGAUGCAGGGUUCUCAAGUUGACCAGAAAGGCAGCUCGUUGGAAGGUGGGGGAAAAGGCUCCAGGACAUGUGCACAUAUCUCAAAUAUUCCGUACAAUGUGUCCAAGAAAGAUGUCCGUCUGUUCUUAGAGGGGAUCCAGCUGUUUGAAGAGAGCCUCAAAGUUCUUGUUGACGGUAAUGGUAACGGUCUUGGUCAAGCUGUAGUACAGUUCAGGUCAGAAGAGGAGGCCCUCAAAGCAGAAAGGCUCCACAGACAGAAACUGAAUGGGAGAGAUGCCUUUGUACACCUGGUGACCUUCGACCAAAUGAAAGAGAUCGAAAGAAACCCACCACCACAGGUGAAGAGGGGACAGAAAAGUCAGGGGGGUGUCCAGACACACGCUCCCGGCCACACCUCAAGCCAUGCCUAUCCUACCAUGGCAGGGGAUGAGUACUCCUUCUUGAGAAACAGCGUAGGUGGUUUAAAUAAUGGACCCCCUUUUGUUACCCCUUUCAGUGGGCCUGGAAAUGGACUAGGGGGUCCACCACCCCCCAUGCCCCCAAUAUCAGGAGCCUUAGGAGAGGUUCCACUGAAUGUUCCUCCACCAAUGGUUGCUAGUCACUUACCUGGUCCAGUGCUAGAGCCUCCAGGCUUCCGACCUGGACCUGGUGGUAACAGUGGUCCACCUGGCUUUGGGCCUGAUGGCAUGAGAGGUAUUCCGCCUUUUGAUAAUGGGCCCAGAAAGAGUGGUGCGCACCCAGGUCGGGGUGGUGGACAGGGCAGGGCGGGUGGUGCCCAGGCUGGAUUUGCCCCAGGGUCUGAAGCAAUGAGAGGCCCCUCUGGUAUAAGCGGAGGCCCAGGGAGCCAACGGCCAACGAUUGUCAAGAUCCAAAACAUGCCGUUCACAGUGACGGUUGAUGAGAUACUUGAUUUUUUCUAUGGUUAUCAGGUGCUGCCUGGCUCUGUGUGCCUUCAGUACAGUGAGAAAGGCAUGCCUACAGGAGAGGCAAUGGUUGCAUUUGAGUCACAUGAUGAGGCUAUGUCUGCAGUCUUGGAUCUUAAUGAUAGGCCUAUUGGCUCACGGAAAGUAAAGAUAACGUUAGGUUAGGUGUCCUGGCAUUACGCUGGUUUUUGUGGAUGAUAGAACAGAAACAGCGCAAUGUACUGUACGUUUCACUAAAACCGAGGUGAAAACUAACAUUGAUUGUUUCAUUUAAUACUAACAGAUGAGUGAAUGUCUGUUCCUCUACCAAAGCAUUCAGGCUUUUGAUUAGUAAAGGAAAGUCAUUGCAUCCGUUUAAGAACCAGGUAUGCUUAUAUGGUAUGCGAGAGUUUUUUGCUUGUAGCAGAGAGAUGUGAGUUACUUGUCGUACUGUAAAGAGUCGAAUCAUCAUUUUUAGUAAAUAUAUAUAAAGAUCCUUAAAAAAAAAAAAAAGUUUGGGCCCCAGAUUAGAUUCUGACUGUAAUAGAUGUGCUGACAUUUUUCCUUUUUAUUGAGAAGCAUGUGAUAUUAUUUUUGAAAACGCCGUGACAGUUUUGUGUAUUUGUAUUUCUGCUGUAGAUCUUACAUUUCACAUUCUUCACCUGUGCUUCUGCCUACAUUUAUUAAUGGUAUGUGCACCAAGGACUGCUGUUCCUGGUGUGUGUGCGGUGCAAGAGCAAAAUGUCUGGGUUGAAUCUUUUUGCUUGUUUUUUCCCCUUCAUGCUGUUUUCUCCCCUAUUAUUAAAUUCCAUGUCAACGUGGUCACUGCUACUGUUUUGAAUGCAUCGCAAUACCUGCAUAAAUCCAUAAAGAUUUGUUAAGGAAUUGAUUUUAUUCCAUUUAAUUGUGUUGCAUACAUCAGAAGACUACGCUGUGUAGAAGUGCUAGCCCCCUGCCACAUCUUGAUUUUUGCAAGCCAUUUCCAAAUACACUAUGUUCUCAAAAUGUGAGUAUUUGUUUUCUAUGAUGUAGUUCCUCUUCGGGAUGCUUCUGUGUUGUUGAACCCAGAUUAAUUGUACUUUCAUUUACCUGGACUUGACUGUGACGCUCCAGCACACAUUUUUAUUUUGCAGUUGUAUAUAUACUGUUCGGCUUACAUAUUUUGUCAAUAAAAAUGGCGUUCCUAAAAUAA